UGCAACUUUCGCCACUUUCUCUGAUGUCAUGCGUCGAGCUCUCUGCCUACUCGAUUUCCUCUUGUGGGCGGUCAGCGCCGCCGAUCAGUGCGGGCAGCGAACGUCAGUUAGCAUGAGCGACAGAGGAUGGUCUUUGCCUCUUCUGCGCGACGACUAAUUUUCAAACCUCAUGCUGUUGGCUGCUUUCGGCCUGCCGGUGGCGGACGCGCACACGAGCCUGACGCAACAUCUGAUAUCACCCAGCGGCGCCGCUGCAACAAACGGGACAGACACGCGCAUCGCAAACACGUCUCUCGCCGCCCUUCCCGUGGUCCAGCGGCGGUGGCCACGUCUAAAGUUGCACCGAUCCUCAGACAGCUGCCCUCCUUCUUCCUCCGGCAACGUCAUCUUGGGACCACAACCAUAUGCACCCUCGGCCGCUCCUGCGACGCGUUCCCCGCCUGGCCCCAGACGAGGGCUGCGGAACACGGCAGCUGCUCGUCGGUUCGGCCGCCUUGAAACCAUCCCAAUCACGCUUCAUAGGAGGAACCCGGAGUCGGCGCGCGGCUCUGACGUCUGUCUCUCCCCAUAAGCACCACGGACCCCUUGUUGGCGCACCUGUAAGGCGGCGUAACGGCUUUCACUAGCCCAUCGGUCGUAAUUCAGCCGUCCAACCAACCACGCCGCUGCCCGGCAACGCCUCUGUCGUCUGGCUAGCCUCCGCAUUUCACACGCGAGGGCGCGAUAGCUAGCGAGGGUGCUCUUGGCUUGCAUAGGAGGCUG